AUGAGAAUCCAAGCCACCGCGGAAACCAACUCACACAAUACGAGGAACUGGGUUCCUCUGCUAGAUGAGCCCGCAUUCAAGCCCCGAAACAUACACAUUGUUUGUGUUGGGGCCGGCUUUUCAGGCCUCAUGUUAGCUUACGAAGCCAAGUACAACGAAUCGCUCCAAGGGUUCAUUGAUCUAACUAUCUAUGACAAGAACCACGAUGUUGGUGGAACGUGGCUCGUUAAUCGAUAUCCUGGUGUGGCAUGUGAUGUUCCAGCGCACAUUUACACUUUUCCAUUUGAGCCAAACCCAGAUUGGUCCAGUUUCUAUGCUUCAGGGCCAGAAAUAUGGGCUUAUAUCAAGAGAACGUCCGACAAGUAUGGUUUAGCUGAAAAUGUCAGGUUUCAGUCUAAAGUGACAGAGGCGAUCUGGAAUGAGGCUGCAGGUAAAUGGAAUCUAAAGGUCUUUCAAGAUGGCGAAGGAAAGGAGGACGAAUGUGAUAUAUUGAUCGACGGGUCGGGGUUCCUCAAUAACUGGCAUUGGCCUGAUAUUCCUGGUGUUCAUGACUUCAAAGGGGAAAUCGUCCACACCGCUGAUUGGAACCCUUCUAUCAAUGUGGCUGGCAAAAAGGUUGCAGUCAUCGGAAACGGGUCAUCUGGUGUUCAAGUCCUUCCGCAUCUGCAAAAGACUGCUGCUCAACUGACAACAUAUGUUCGUACGCCUACAUGGAUAUUUGCCAACUACGCGUCUGAGCUUACAAAAGACGGGACAAACUUCGCCUUUACUGAAGAGGAAAAGAAGAAAUUUCGAGAUAAUCCCGCCUCGCUCUGGAAGUUUCGUAAGGAGAUUGAGAACAGCCAAGACAACUUCUGGAACGUCUUCUUCAAAGAUACAGCAGCUCAGAAAGCCGCACUCGAGAAUGCAUACAACCGUAUGCGGGAACGUCUCGGCAACGACAAAGAGCUCUGCGAAAAGCUAAUCCCAGAUUACGAAUACGGAUGUCGACGCCCAACACCAGGCGACGGUUACCUUGAAGCUCUGCGCCAGGAGAAUACGCGUGUCACUUUUGAUCCAAUCGUUCAGAUCACCGAGUCAGGGAUUCAAACUAUACAAGACCAUACUGACUUUGACAUUAUCGUCUGCGCAACCGGGUUCGAUGCUAGUUUCCGCCGCUCGUGGACCGUGCAGGGGCGGAAUGGUUAUCAGCUGCAUGAAGCGUGGGGGGAGUCGCCAGAAGCGUAUUUUGGGGUUGCAACGGCGAAUAUGCCGAAUUAUUUUAUCUUCAUUGGACCGAAUAGUCCAGUGGGUCAUGGAUCGCUUCUUGAUAGUGUGUUUUGUGUCGCAAAAUGGAUAUUGAAGUGGUGUAGGAAGAUCGCAACGGAAGAUAUUAAGUCAGUUUGUGUGAAACAGCAGGCAUUGGAUGAUUAUAACGUCUACCUGCAAGAGCUCCUCAAACGAAUGGUGUGGACUGGAUCUUGCAGAAGUUGGUACAAGAACCGUAAGAAAGAGGGACAUGUUACCGCUGUAUACGGUGGAAGCCGGCAUCACUUUCGAGAAAUUCUUGAAACAUUUAGGGUGGAGGACUUUGAUAUUGAGUAUAGAUCAGUUAACAGAUUCCGUUUCAUGGGUAGUGGGAGGACUUUGGGGGAGUCAAGAGGAGAGUAA